AUGAAGAGGCAGCGCGGGCGACAGGGCGGCGGGGAGGCGGACCAUGAGCGAGGGGAGGCGGUGGCUCCGAUCGCUGUCUGAGGCGCGCUCUGUCACCCGGAGUUUGUUACUUCUUCAUUUCUUCCAGGAAGCCGCAUCACGACAACAGCUGAGGUCGAUGGGAACGAGAAGAGAGAUGAAGAAGUUCUCCGCUGAUCGCCUCCUCACUUCCUCUCAGACCGCCGCGGAGGUGUAGGCGCAGCUGCAGCGGCGGAGGAGAUGUCGCACCCCAAGAGGAUGCUGCUGUUUCUGGGCGUUUUUCUAAUGAUUGUCGGGGGGGUCAUGGUCCUGGGCGUGGCCCUUCCCUUUCAGUCCGCCCCGUUCUUCGUGGUCGGGGUCUUUCUGGGCCUGGGGGGUCUGAGCCUGCUGGUCAGCGUGCUCUGCAUGGCCAUGCAGAACAUCCAGGUGGCGGUGCCCGGACACUUCCUCCUUCACCCCCGCACAGGCACACGCUUCAGCCCGCCGCAGGCUCUGGCUAUACAGAGGAGGUUGGAUCGAAUUCGUCGGGAGAUGUCAGCGGACUCUGUCGGACAGAGACCGGAGCCUGAGCCCCCCCUCCCGUCCACCCCACCACCCUGGACUAUGGAGCCGCCUCCGUCCUACGACACAGUGAUGAAAAGCCAGGAGCAGAGUGAGCAGCUGUAGCCUCUGGUCGGACAUCUUUACUUUGUGCCAGUGCCUUCUGUCUUCUCAGUGAGAACCUUUAACCAACACUCGGUGCUAACGGUGAACUCGCUGCAACGGGCCUGUUGUGCCUUAACACAGCCAUUAUGAUCCCAAGCACUAGCCAAGGAACAAGAUGAGACCACAGCUGGCUAAAGAUGUACAAACUGAACCACAGUGUGGCCUCCAUGUCAACUACAUGUGUGUUGUUGGGAUUGUUGGUGGAAAGCAUUGAAAUGACCACUACAGCUGCUUCACUGUACACGAAGCGUCCGUGUUCAGACCAGCGUCAUGUAGCCUUCACAGCCAGCUGAAGAGAAGCAUGUCACAGAUUGGCUCGGAGCCUCCUGUAGACAGCUCAUUCUGAUUUGUUUGGGCCUGCUUGAACUUAUGUGAUCUAUUACUGUGACUGCACUUCUCUUGGAACACAAGGUCUUUCCUCAAGGCUCCUCUUUGUAUCUGCAUUCUUUCCUGUCAUAACGCUGCACCAUUCUUUGAUGGCUUUCUCCAACGCAAGGUGCCUUAACCAGUGACAGCAGAAUGUUAACAGUAUAGUUUUAUUUAUCUCCCUGCUUUGUUACCAGUAUGUCCACUGUUUGGUGUUGUCAUGUUACUAUAAACUCCAGAUACUGA